AGGGGGAGAUUUAUCGAAAUGUGCUGAGGAAAAAUGGAGUAGUUGCCCAUAGCAACCAGAUAGGUGAGUAUCCCUAUAGUGUGUCCUUGAGUCAAUGUAAGUGGCAGUGCUGUGGCUGCAAGCCCGGCCAGUCCCUUCUAUAGCCACCCUGUAUGUGUUCCGGUGUCACCUUCAAGUACCGUACAUCAGUAACGAAAAAAUUCUGAUCGUACAAUUUUACUAAAACUAUAGUGAAAAAAAGUGGGCGGGCAAUGCAUUUUCGAUUUCGGUUUUCGGGCAAGCGCAGCCUAAAUUUUCCGGUUUCAGACCAAAAUUUCCCUUUCGGUGCGUCCCUAGUUUUCAUCAUACUCGUUUUCUUACAAAAAGGAUUAUUGGGACUGACUUACUUGGCGCUACUACAACAUUAAAUCCAGGGGAUCAGGACCAAAAAAAAGAACGCCAAAGGAAUCAGCGGAAUUAGCAAAAUCCUCAUAAUACCUCAAGAAUUCCAGCAAUUCUGUCUAAAUAUGGCUGAAGGACAGACACAGCGGGAUCGAUUUCAGGUUGUAAGGAAUCAUGGCAGUAUCUUUGUACCUCCUUUUACUUGUCCUACCAUUCGUAUUGUCAAAGUCAUCUACAAACCCAGGCUGCAGAAUACGGAUCACUUCUAAAGGUCUACAGUUUGUGAAACAUGAGGGACUGAAGUUUGUGGAACAGGAGCUGGAGAACAUCACAAUUCCAGAUCUGAAUGGAAGCGAGGGGAGAUUCACCUACAGUAUAAACAAUGUCCGUGUCACACACCUUCAGCUGUCCCAGUCCGAGUUGUGGUUUCAGCCAAAUAAACAACUGGUGUUAGACAUUAAUAAUGCGUCUAUCAGCCUCAAUUUCCAGAGGAAACUUCUCUACUGGCUCUUCUAUGAUGUGGGGACGAUCAAUGCCUCAGCAGAGGGAGUGCACAUUAAGACGGACUUGGAUCUCACUAAAGAUUCAAAAGGACGUUUGAAGAUUUCCAAUAUGACAUGUAAUGCAUCCAUCAACAGAAUGCAUGCCGGAUUCAGUGGGACACUCAAGAGGGUGUAUGACUUCCUUGGUUCCUUCAUAACAACAGGAAUGAGAUUUCUACUAAACCAACAGAUUUGUCCGGCACUAAGGCAUGCUGGGAUGGUACUACUAAAUUCCCUGCUCAACACUGUGCCCGUAAAGAAUCCAGUGGAUGAUUACAUAGGCAUUGACUAUUCUCUCCUGAGUGAUCCCGAUGUGUCAGAAGACAGUUUAGAUAUGGAUUUUAGGGGUAUGUUCUACUCAUUAGAUUCUGAGAACGACACCAUCCCCAACACAUCCCCGGCCCUUUACAUAAAGCAGAAGGAACGCAUGGUCUACAUCGCCCUUUCCGAGUAUUUUUUUGAUUCAGCAAUGUACGCGUAUUAUCAGUCGAACGUGCUCAGUUUGGACAUUUCGAAUGAACAGAUGCCUAAAGACUUGGAAGUCUUGCUGAGGACAUCAUACUUUGGAAGUCUAAUGCUUCUGGAUCCAGCCGUGGCAGAGGCACCUAUGAAACUGGAGCUACGUGUUUCUACCCCUCCGCGGUUUACCAUAAAGCCGACAGGAACCAGUGUUUCAGUAAACGCCAUUCUGAACAUCUACCUGAUUCCAGAAGACCAGCCCCCUGUGCAGCUAAGCAGCAUGACCAUGGAAUCACGUCUCAGUGCUAGGGUGACUCUGAAGAAGACUACUUUAACGGUUCAGCUGGACCUUAAGAGGUUCAGAAUAUACUCCAACAAGUCAGCGCUGGAGUCUUUGGCGCUCAUUCCCUUACAAGGCCCCUUAAAAACCCUUCUACAGUUGACAGUGAUGCCUGUCCUUAAUGACAGAACAAAGCGAGGUGUCAGCAUCCCCCUUCCAGAGGGUUUGGAUUUUACUCGAGAGACAACUACUCACCAUGCUGGUUUUAUUCUCAUUGGUGGUGAUUUACACUUCUCCGUGAGUCUCCGGGACGUCAUUAAUAAAUACCGUCCUGACCCAACUGCCCCAGCAGAGACAACCCAAGGGACCAAUGAAGCUAUCUGAGAUCCAGAAUAUUGUGACCUUCCUUGAUGGCUACAAGAGGUUCAUCUAAGAGAUAGUUCUGUGUGAGCUUAUCACAAAUCUAAGGUGUCUCUAAUUCAAGGACAUCCCAAAAAACUCCAAAUCCAAACCAGUGCAUAGAGGGCGUUCCAAUGGAUGUGGAUAGGCAUCAGUCGUAACUGGUGUGAGGGCAUUAGCUUCCAGAGAAACCUAUGUAUCAUGAUCAAGUAGAAACUGAUAACAGAGAACCAUUUAUUGCUACCACCCUAGAGACUAUUUAACAUUUCUAAAAGGAUUACCUGAGGAAUUAACCAUCGCCGAGCAAACAGAACACUAACAAUCUUAGACUAACAGGUAAUAUACAGAGUAUAGAACAGUCUGGUAUGAGUUGUGUAGCUUUGACUUGGGAAGAAAGUUUACAAGGGCUCACUGAAGCGACUGAAUAUGUCAAAACUUUUGCAAACUUGUCUUCUGGCACCAUGUGAACUGUAUGAAAAAAUAAAGAAAUAUUCAGGAUU